UUAGAAGUUUGGAACUAGCAAUAGUCACACAGAAAUAUAUUUUGCUGGCCACCACCCCUGCAAGUUUCUGUUGUCUUCUUCAAAGUUAUUUAAUUAUGACCACUUAAUACUCUGUCACUGUACAUGAUACUUCUGUCAACUAUUAUUAACACAAAUCAGAUCAACUAAUCAAACCAAAUACAACCUGAUGUAUUGGCAACAGCUUGAAAUAAUAAUAAACCAAACAAAGUUAAAAUGCAACUCUUUGAAUUGAUUUCUCACAUUAUGACAAUGAGGUGGCAGAACCAACAGACUGUUGCAUUUUAGUUUAUUUUUUUUAGUCAUUCAAAGUUGAAGGAAAAAUGUCUGAAAUGAAACCACAACAUCAUGUGUUUUUACAAUAUUUCAUGUCAAAAGGGCUCGUUGACUCAAAAGGAGUUCGUAACCUCUUCAAGUUGUGUUGUAAAGACAUGGUUGACGCAAGUUCCAUGUCGAGCCAGAGUGAAUGGAUGCAGCAACUGGCCAACUUUGUAAUCAUCAUCAACAACAACAUUCGACCUUUUCACCUGAACAUCCUGAAAGGGUUUGAUGAGGAUGAUGGCACCAGCUAUUACUGCCUGGUCAACACUUGUGACAAUGCAGUUACACGACUGUCUACAGACUACUCGGUCAAUGAACUGGAACUUUUCAAGUUGUUUCUCGAUCGUAUUAUGAGUUCAAGCGAUGCAUCAGUUGGAUCUGUACAGGCCCUGAACCUGACUCAUGAAUUGGAAAAGAAGAUGAGCAAGGACGAUGCUCAACGCUUCUUUGAUCGGAUGGUGAAUGAAAAGUGGUUGAAAAGGACAUUACGGGGCAAGCUACAGCUGUCAACACGAAGCAUCCUGGAGCUGGACAAUCACAUUCGAAAAAUGUACCCAGAUUUGGUGGAACUGUGCAACAUAUGCAAUCGUUUAUGCCUGCAGGGCCAGUCAUGUCUAAAGUGUAUGGCAAAGUUGCAUAUCUUCUGUGCAAAGCGUUACUUUGAAAACCAGGCAGAACCAAAAUGUCCGAAAUGUUACACUCCUUGGACCAACACAAAUCAAAACCGGGAAUCUGUGCGUCGCUCCUCUCGCCGAGAUACACGUAUGUCAUAUGAACAAAUGGAAGAAUAAACUGUAAGAUGGUGAAAAAAAAAACAUGUUUGUAAAAGAUUGGUUCUGCUUUUCUUCUGCAGAAUUUUCAAAACUGUUAUGGCUGAAUAUCAGUCUUUCUCUGCUGUUGUCCCCUUUUGUUCUUUUAAAUCUUCCUAUUAAAUUUUUUUCAAGUCCCUUACUCUCAAGUGAUAUUCUACAAUGUCCAAUGUAAAUUACAUCCUGAUGUGUUCAACUGUUCUCUCAACCAUAAAAUUUGCUCCAUCACUGUUAA